UUCGUGAAUCAUUGCCAACUCCUAAUUUUAGAGUGGUUACGUACGUUUGUGUUAAUUUUGUGUCCAAAUUAACAUUCCAUAGAUAAAAACUAUGAUACUAAUCGCAUUUGUGUAAUAAAAAACUAACGUUUGCGGUACGACAGGAAAAUCUUGGAGACGUCGGACGUGGAAUUUUUUUGGGUUGGUAAUAAUUCCUUGAGAGCCGUGAGGUGAGUCGUCACUCGUCAUCUUAGAGAAAUCGGUAUAAAAGUUGUUCCCGAAAGCCGUUUUAUUUCGAUCUCCGGCCGUUUCGUAAUGUGGUCCGUGUUUUAAGUACGCUUGGGAUGUGAUUUUUGUGUAAACGUAAAUUUCUCGCAAGUUAAUAGCCCGAAUGAUGACUUUCCAAGGUGUUUUUAAGAGAUAGUGUGAAAUUACUGUUUGUGAUUUUUUAAAUAAAGUGAACUUUGGUAUUUGUCAGCUGUCAUUAUAUUUACCCAAAAUGUCCGAGGAUGGGUUCUCUGAUGGUUUUGAGGAACCCAAUAUGGAAAUCCAAAUUAAAACACUCAUGGGCACCACGUUUGACAUCAAGGUUUCCUCCACAGAAACUGUCGAGGACAUCAAAAAGAAAAUUUAUCGGGUGGAAGGAAUACCCAUUUACCAGCAGAACCUGAUAUUCCAGUCGAGGGAAUUGAAGGAUAGGAACCGGUUGGGGGAUGCGGGCAUCCGAAACGGUUCGACGCUCACCCUCGUCGCCUCCAUGCGGGGCGGCCCCAUCUCGACCAGGAGGCUGUCGGUGGCCUGCGAGCACCACGUCAUGCUCAAGGAACUGAAGGAGCUUUUGGAGAACACCAGAGACGAGAUCGCUCCCGGCUCCAAAGUAUCCGUGUUGGUUUUCAAAGAGGGCGACAUCAUCAACCUGCUGCGGGUGAUAGAGAACGAGGACGGCUCGUACUCCCCCUACAGCGAGAAACCCAUAUCGCCCCCCCAGAAGCCGGCGCGGAGGGAGUGCCGCACCGGCAUAUUUGAGCGGCUGGUAGAGGACAGCGAGAUGUCCACCAAGAUGGCCAACCUCCGCCAGAAGAUGGAGGAGCUCAGCGUACGGAAGCGCAGCAAGACGAGUAAGGCCAAAACGACGGCCGCCGCGGAAGCUUUCGGGGAGCCGUCGAAGUCGGCCGAGGGCAAGACCCACCCGUUGUCGUUUAAAUUUUUAGCGGAAUGCGGAAACGAUUUUUUAGAUAACGUCAACCUGAAGAUUUUCGAGAAAAAUUUCGAGGAGGAGAGCGAGGAGGAGAUAGCGCUGAAGGAGAAGCACCGGUCGAAACCCCACAAGACGGCCAAGAUCAAGUCAAAGUCCCUCUACAACGAAUCGAAGGGGGCGUACAGCCACACGAAACAGAAUUACGCGAGGAUACACAAGAAAACGAGGGAUCUGCACGCGGGCGAGGGCACUUCUAGGGAACGGACGCUGGACGACCUGUCGCCCAGGAAGCCCAUGAAGGAACUCACCUCUAGCCUGGCCGAGCAGUUUGCGGUCUUAGAGGAGGACAAUCAAGAUCUGUAUGGAGAAUCCGUGUCGGUGUCGGCACGAAACAGGGUACACCUCACCCGUCUAGUACUAUCCGAGACUGCGGAACGGCCGAAGAGCUCCCCCAACAGCAUCGAACUGGAGGAGAACGCUCAGGACCUGUGGGAGAUACACGAACCCGCCUCGGAGCGCCUCAAACACAGCGCUACGUGCAAGGUGGGGCUGUUGAAACGCCGGCAGAGCCUGGACUACGGUUACGAGGGCAUAGAGAACGCCCCCAAGCCGGAGAUCGGGAAUUACUCGUGCAAGAACUCGGAAUUCGAGGUGUGCUCGGGCAACUUCUACCACAUGCCGCAGUUCGUGUCCUCCCCCAGCGCCAUCCCCCCGCAGUACGCCCCCAAGGACCAGGGCCUGUGCGACUACUACUUCAGCAAGCCGAGUCGCAGUCCGCUGUACGGCCGCAAGAGCAAGGAGGACGCCGCUACGAAGGAGGAGCCCUCGACCGAGAAGGGCGACGGCUACAAUUUCCUGAGCGAGUGCUCCGGUAUCCAGAGACUGAAAAACGAGGGGGCGGGGACGGAACGCGACACCGGCCUGUUCUCCGGCCACGACACCAGCAUUGACGAGUUGUACGGCUACUACAACCUCGGCUGCUCGGCGGAGCUGCUGGGGGAGAGGGCGACGGGACAGCCGCCCAAGCUGGAGCUGCCGCCGGUGGUGAAGAAGCGGGCGCGGUGCAGCGAGUGCAACAAACGGCUGAACAUCACCAACAUCCACAAUUGCCGGUGCGGGAAGAUCUUCUGCUCGCAGCACAGGUACUCGGAGGUGCACCGGUGCAGCUACGACUACAAGACGGAGGGGCGCAAGAUCCUGGAGCAGCAGAACCCGCUCGUCACCGCCGAGAAGGUCAAUAGAAUAUAACGAGAGUGCCUGUACAUUAACUUUUUCAAUAAUAUGCUGUAUUGUCGAUAAAUAUACUGUUUACAAUUUUG